ACAAUAUUUGACUAUGGACUCACAUAACUAAAUAUAAUAACUUCAUUAUUGUUUCAAUUACAGUGAAUAAAAACAUCAGUGCAAAAAAAAUGCGCUACUCUGGUGUACAGUAGUACUUGUACCUUUCAUUCAAAUAUGAGUCCCGUAUUUUCAAUAAUUCUAUUAAUACUAUAGAGCGGAAUCAGUAGUGGUGCAUUCGAGGAGUUCGCAAACAACCAACCCCUUGUUGUCUUUCAGCAGGCAUCAUGACACAGUUCUCGGGAAAACAAACGCACCAUCAGGACUCAUGUGACGCAUCGCUGAGGAAAAGUUCUCGACAAAGCCUGGCGGUAUCUUCUGGAGAGUAAACGGUGAAGCCGAUGGUCCGCGGGUCGUUGAAGAUUUCAUAAUCGUUUCCACCCUGCGGAGUACAAACAAAGGUGGACUUGCUGGCGUGAUUUGGAUCAUUGUCGGUCUCCUUCAGGACAGCAGAAUUCCCGGUUCCAUUUAUCACAGCAAAGUCUGAAGCGGCCCAGACCAUUACACUACCACCACCAUAUUUUACGAUACACCAUGAAUGUGGUGGUGCUGGAAGACAACACGUACGCGUGGAGUCGGCCCUUCGUGCAGACUGCGGUGGAGCAGGCCAUAGAAGAGGACAGGAAGGAGAACAUUAAGCAUAAUCUAACGUUCACUUUGACUGCCAAUUUCCACGGCUUCAACACCACCGUCUACAACCGGCAGGGCUGCGGCAGCAGCACCUGUGAGGGCGUGGCCAUACUUAAGAUGCUGCAUACUAAAGAUGAAGUAGGAUGUGUCAUGCUGGGGCCAUCCUGCACAUACGCCACCUUCCAGUUAGUGGAUGAUGAAAUCGGCCUGAGCCUGAGCAUUCCCAUCAUCUCCGCCGGGAGCUUCGGCCUCUCUUGCGACUAUAAGCCCAAACUCACUCGCAUCUUGCCGCCGGCACGCAAGAUCGCCGACAUGUUUGCCAACUUUUCAGUGGAAGUGUUGCCAUUCAAGGAUGAGUGGAAGCAUGUUUAUGUCUAUAAGAAGUCUGUCUAUAAUGCAACGGAGGACUGCUUUUGGUACACCAAUGCGCUGGAAGCACCUUCAGCCAACUUUGCCACAAAGAUACGGAGAGAGAUGCUACGUACGGAGGAGGAACUGAGGAAAGCCCUCGUUUCUGAGAAAAGACACAGUAACAUCUUCAUCAUUUGUGGCCGUCCCGACGACAUUGUUUCAGUGAAGGCCAAAGUGGGUCUGAUACACAGGGACAUCAUGUUCAUACUUAUUGACAUUUACAACCCCGAGUACUACGUGAAUGCCACGUCCAGUCAGGGCAUGCAGAACGUCCUGGUGGUGACGCUCCCACAGAGGAACUACAGCUACGGAUCCGGACCCCAGUAUAACAACACGAUCAACGAUUAUGUGGCUGGCUAUCAUGACGGCGCUCUGCUGUUUGGUAAGGUGCUCAGGGAAAGGAUGCUCAGUCAGCAAAAUAAGCAUCAUCACAGAGGCUCUGACGACAUCCCGCUCAGCGACAACCCGUUUGGGAAUGUCUCUUUCCACGGUAUGGCAGGACACUACGUGCUGGACGAGUAUGGCGACCGAGACGUUAACUUCUCCAUCAUUUAUACCUCCACGAUAACCGGCAAGUAUGAAACUCUGUUAGUGUUUGACACGUCAAAGAAUAAAACCGUCGCGAUGGCCCACAAUCCUGCUCUGCCUUGGCAAGGAAACCGCCUUCCCAAAGAUGUCCCGGAAGAGUUAGACGGCUUGAACAUGCAGGACGUGAUCGUGAUCGUUCUGAGCCUCAGCGUGGUGGUGGUGACCGCCAUCGCUCUCAUCUUCUACAGGCAGAACAGAAAAGAACGUCAAAUGCAGAAGAAAUGGUCUCACAUCAAUCCUCACCUGAUUUGCCCGCUGGAUGAGAAGGAGGUCUCCCUUAAGAUUGAUGACGACAAGAGGAAGGACAGCACCUACUUCAGUCAUCGAGGCCGCUAUGACAAGAAGCCUGUCAUCUUAAAGGAGCUUAGACUCACUGAUGGCGACUUCACAGAAGACCAGAAGAUCGAGCUUAACACCCUGCUCCGUAUCGAUUACUACAACCUGACCAAGUUCUACGGCACAGUAAAGUUUGAGUACGGCGUGUUUGGCGUGUUCGAGCUGUGCCAGCGAGGCUCGCUCAGGUACAUCCUGAAUGACAGAAUCUCCUACCCAGAUGAGACCUUCAUGGACAUGGAGUUUAAGAUUUCGGUCAUGUAUGAUAUAGCAAAGGGCAUGUCAUAUCUCCACUCCAGCAACAUUGAAGUCCACGGUCGCCUCAAGUCCACCAACUGUGUGGUUGACAACCGCAUGGUGGUCAAGAUCACGGACUUUGGCUGCCACACCAUCCUGAAGCCAGGCAGAGACGUAUGGACGUCCCCCGAGCACCUGCGUCGAGAUGGCGUAUCUCAAAAAGGAGACGUCUACAGCUACGGCAUCAUCGCGCAUGAAAUAGUGCUGAGGCGGGUCCCGUUCUACACGCCAUGUUGCUCCACCCGCGCAGAUAAGAUCUACAGGGUGCAGUAUCCCAACGGGAUGGCCGUCUUUAGACCGGAACUGAACUUUGAUGGCGUGUCCGAGAAAGACAUGGAGCUCUACAUGCUGAUAAAGAACUGUUGGGAUGAAGAUCCGGAACGAAGGCCAGACUUUAAGAAGAUCGAGAUGACUCUGGGUAAGCUUUUCAGUAACUUGCAUAAUCAAGGCCCGGAGACGUACAUGGACAACCUGAUCCGUCGUCUCCAGAUGUACUCCAAGACUUUGGAGCACCUGGUGAAGGCGAGAACCGCCCUGUACAAGGCUGAGAGGGACAGGGCGGACCGCCUCAACUUCAUGCUUCUUCCUGGCCCAGUGGUGCGUUCACUGAAGGAGACGGGCAGAGUGGAGCCGGAGCUCUUCGAAGAGGUGACGGUGUAUUUCAGCGACAUUGUGGGGUUCACCACCCUGUGCCACUAUAGCACCCCCAUGGAGGUGGUGGACAUGCUCAAUGAGAUCUACAAGAACUUUGACAGCAUCCUGGACCACCAUGAUGUCUACAAGGUGGAGACCAUCGGGGACGCCUACAUGGUGGCAUCGGGUUUGCCCAAACGCAACGGGGACAGGCACGCGGUGGACAUCGCCCACAUGGCCCUGGAUAUCUUGUCCUUUGUCGGGACGUUUGAGUUGCAGCAUUUGCCCGGCAUUCCUCUCUGGAUACGGAUUGGUGUCCACUCAGGCCCCUGUGCGGCGGGAGUGGUGGGGAACAAGAUGCCCCGCUACUGUCUUUUUGGAGAUACGGUCAACACCGCGUCACGAAUGGAGUCCACGGGCCUGCCUUUGAGGAUCCACGUCAGCCAGUCCACCAUUAAAAUCCUGCAGAGGACAAACUGUCCGUUUGAGUACGAGCAGAGAGGAGAGACGUACCUGAAGGGUAAAGGCAAAGAGAUGACGUACUGGCUAACUGGGGUAACUGGAGGCAAAUACAACCUACCCACACCACCAACAGCGGAGAACUUCCAGAGGUUGCAGCAAGACCUGGCAGAGAUGAUCGUGUCCAGCUUGGAGAAGCGAGGAGAAGGGAGAGAGGCCUUCGAGAAGAGGAAAACCUUGUCCGCCAAAAUGCGACGGCGAGAAACCAACAGCAGCCUGCAAGGGGACGGCCCGCCAGAGUACUUCCACCUGGCUGUCGCCGAUGACCCCAGCACUUAUCUGUGAGGGAAUGCUAGCUAGCAGCCGGAACACUGCUGGAAUUCAUUGGACGGAGCUGCAGCGACUCAGGCAGCCACUUGACACUUUGAUGCGGCCAACGCAGUGAAAGACGAGCGCCCAGUAGAAACGGCAUCGUUGAAAGAGUGCAAAGCUGGCUGCACUCGGGACUCUUAAUGAGUCCGAAGAAAAGGAGGAAAUUAAAUGUCAACACAACACUAGCACUUGUUUUAACUAUGUAGGCUUUUUUAUUGUACUGUAUUAUAUUAUUAUAUAUACUAUAUUAGGUCUGAAAUGCAGCAGCAGCUUUUCACUUUUUACGGUACAUUAUUAACUACUUCAUUUCAAGCAGUGCUGGUAUUUGUUACCUGCUGUUGGUGUAAUGCCGUCCAAAUAUUGCUCAUGGGUAUUUGGAGAUUGCUAUCAUAUGCUAUGAUGUAUUAACCUAUAGUAUAUUCCUCAAUUCAUUCAUUUCUUCUGCAUUUUGGGUUCAGUGAAAGUAUUCCUUUUCUGGCCACUGAGUGUAUAUUGAAGUAUAUGAGGUGAGGAGUAAAAUCAAUAGUAUCAGAGUAUAUUAAAAGCAGCUGUACAUAUAGUAUAAGUGUACAAUACAAAGGGCCUAAACGAUGGUGCAACUGUCUCAGUUGGUC